UUGGUGUUCAUUUUUCUUUAAACGUUUGGUAGAAUCCUCCUGUGAAACCAUCUGGCCUAGAGGUUUCCUUUUAGGGAGUUUUAAAAUUACAAAUGCAAUCCCCUUAAUUGCUAUAGGGCUGUUAAAUUCUCUGUUUCAUAUUGGGUCCAUUGUGGUAGUUUGUGUUUUCCAGGAAGUGGUCUGUUUUCAUCUAAGUUGUCAAAUUUUCUUAUGCUAUCAGGUGGUUUUAAUAAAGAAUCCAUUCUUUUUCAUGGAUUUUGUGGUGUGUGUGGAAUUUGUCAGUUCUAAAAUUUGUAAUUUGUUAUGACUUCUCUUGUCAGUCUUAAUAAGUAUUCACUUUUGGACCUCACUUUUUAUGAUCAUAAUUUGAUAUGUGUCUUUUUCUUAAAGGACCCCCAUCCGCCCCUUCGCGUAUAAGUCAGGCCACACAGGAGCUGGACCUGCCCAGCCCCCUCCAAAGACGUGGAUUUGGCAUGUGUUUGUUGCCUUAAAUGACACUCCUGUGAGCCGAGGGAGUUUGGGGCCUCACCACCGGUUAGGUCUCGACACGCAGCAGACGAGUACUUUAUGCUUUUGGAGUGAAACCUAUAUGGAAAAACUGCAAAAUAUGCCAGCCUGUAUUUAGUCCUGUCCGUGUGAUACCAGGAAGCUGUUUGCAGAUAAUACCGCAGCCCCAGCCUGAGUUGCCGGGCAGUCUGACAGCCAGGCCUCUUGCCCGACGUGUGGGACCGCGGCCCGAAAACAGCAGCCUGGUCUGGCGCACGCCUCAGGAGUCAGCGUGCUGCGAGGCUCACCAUGAAGCAGGCUCUGGCUCUCAUUGGCCUGGCCUUCCUGUCGGUGCUCCGGGCUGGGGGCGCUCAGCAGACGGUGGAUGACACCUGCUCCGUGCAGAUUCUCGUCCCCGGCCUCAAAGGGGAUGCUGGAGAGAAGGGGGACAAAGGCGCACCAGGACGGCCUGGAAGAGUCGGCCCCACGGGAGAGAAAGGAGACGUGGGUGACAAAGGACAGAAAGGCGGCGUGGGGCGCCAUGGAAAAAUCGGUCCCAUUGGUUCUAAAGGUGAGAAAGGAGAUUCUGGUGACAUAGGACCCCCUGGCCCUAAUGGAGAACCAGGCAUCCCGUGUGAGUGCGGCCAGCUGAGGAAGGCCGUCGGGGAGACAGACAACCAGGUCGCGCAGAUCACAGCGGAGCUGAAGUUCAUCAAACACGCCGUCGCCGGCGUGCGCGAGACGGAGCAGAAGAUCUACCUGCUGGUGAAGGAGGAGAAGCGGUACGUGGAUGCACAGCUGGCCUGCCAGGGCCGGGGCGGCGCGCUGGGCAUGCCCAAGGAUGAGGCCGCCAACGGGCUGCUGGCCGCCUACAUCGCGCAGGCCGGCCUGGCCCGCGUCUUCAUCGGCAUCAACGACCUGGAGCGGGAGGGCACCUUUGUCUACGCGGACCGCUCGCCCAUGCAGACCUUCAGCCAGUGGCGCAGCGGGGAGCCCAACAACGCCUAUGACGACGAGGAUUGCGUGGAGCUGGUGGCUUCCGGGGGCUGGAACGACGUGGCCUGCCACCUCACCAUGCACUUCCUCUGCGAGUUCGACAAGGAGCACGUGUAGCGGGGGCCCUGCUGCUCCAGCAUCGGCGGCCCCUCCGCCACCGGGUGGCUGCCGGCUGCCACCAUGGGUGGGAGGCUCUGCCCGCCACGUGGUCCCCAAGCAGGAGUGCGGGGUCCCCGGUAAAGGCUCCUUUUCUGAAUCUUAGAGAAUGGUGCAUGCUUGGGCGAAAAAGAAGGAAAAAAAAACGUGUUUCUGGGUAUUAUGUCUGAAGAACUAGAGUUUUAUUAUUUGUAGUGUAGACAAAAUGUUCGUUAUGUAAUUACUCAGAAUCGCCUUUGGCUUUGUGCAAAGUAUGAAACGAGAUCUUUAAAUGUUAUAACAGUUAAGUACAAACAAUGGUAGAGGGGUCUUAAAUGACUACCUUCCUUUUAAUUUCUAUAUGGAAAAGAAUCCUCUUAGCUCAGAUCAGUGCUUCUGUAAAAGUAGAAACAAUUUUGCUUUGCUGCGGAUUUCAGGAAAA